CACUCAAAGUCAUCUGUCAAAAUUUUGCAUUGACAGGUAAUUUAAUUUUUCAAAAUUUCAAGAUUUUUUCAAACUUAUUAGGCCUCUAAUGUUCUAUAAUUUUGAUUUAUGAAUUUUUGACUAUAGAAGUGUAAAUUGAGGCUUUAUAUAAUGGCAACAGUCGACGAGACAGAAAAUGACAAUAAAAUGUUUGGGCCUUUACUAUUCGAGACUUCUAAACCCCCCAAUUCCCCUGAAACCGAAUCAGAAGUAACCUGUCUCCUGUGUGAUGACACUUUUAACCUAGCUUUAAGUUUCGAUAUUUUCGUCAGGCAUUUAUUUGAAGUCCAUUAUUUGGUAAUAGAGGAAGUCCAAAAUAUAGCAAAUUUGCCACGGUAUGUUCAAUAUUGGAGGGACAAAUUUAAAGAGGCCCCCAUUGAGGAGAUCAUCCCGGCAAUCAAAAUUGACUCUUCUAACCAAACUUACUUUUUGCUGUCAACUCUGCUGAAGGAGGACAAGGAAUUGCGUCACAAACUCAAAUUGGAGCAUGUUUUAGAAGUGCAAGAAUUUGAACGCACUGAUGGGGGCUAUAAACGGCUUUGUCUUUUUUGUAAAUUGAACUUUGAGGGCACGAGAGCCGACUUUGUUGCUCAUUUGGAGUCGCAACAUAAUUUGCAACUGGGGAAUCCUCAAAAUUUGGUUUUUAUUGAGGAUCUAGUGGAGAAAAUUGACGAUAAUUUGGGGAAAUUGAUAUGUAUUUACUGCAGUCGUGUUUUUCCCGAACGAAACGUCUUGAAGGAGCAUAUGAGGAAAAAGUUGCAUAAAAGAAUUAAUCCACGCAAUACUGAUUAUGAUAAAUAUUUCAUAGUGAAUUAUUUAGAACCUGAAAAAUUGAGUAAAAAAGUACAAAAACAUGAUGAUGUACCUCAGGAUGAUCCAAACAAUGAUGAGGAAUAUUACGACUGGAAUGAGAAAGAUGAUUUUAUUAUUUGUUUAUUUUGCGAGAAGAGAGACACAAAUAUUAACACUUUGUGCCUCCAUAUGGAAGCAGACCACGAUUUCGAUUUCGUCGACUUGACCAAAAAUUUCGAUUUCUACCAAAAAGUUAAAUUUGUGAACUAUGUAAGGCGACAAAUGCACAACAACAAAUGUUUUUAUUGCGAUUUGAGUUGUAAGAGUUCUGAAAAUUUACAAGAGCAUUUAUUUGAAGAGCAACAUUGCAAAAUCCCGGAUUUAAAAGUUUUUGAUCAACCUGAAUUCUACUUUCCUACCUACGAAAAUGACGCUCUUCUUUACUUAAUCGAUGAUGUUGAAGAUUAAAUAAAUUAAUUCAUUUCAAA